UUCCCAGCUCCAGGGUGGGAUGAGGGGCCAGGGGGAGUUGGAUGAGAGCCUGGAAUGGGGGAUCCCACAGCCCCCCUCUCCCUUUGGGAUGCAUCCCACUAUCCCAGCUCUGCUUUGGCCCCUUUAUCCGCCGUGUGCAGGGCUGGGAAGGCCUCCAGGAGAAGGAGGAGGAGGAGGGGUGAGAAGAGGCCGGGCCGGAGCUUUGCCAGAUGUGGGAAAGGAGGGAAAAGGGGGAUACAUUCCCAGCGCCUUGGGGACCCCCUUCCCUAUCCCGGAGCCACCGCGGGAAUGUCUGGGCUGACUCCGCUCAUCCCAGGCGAGCGGGACAAAGUCGGGAUGAUCCCGGAGCCGCCGUGGGUUUGGGGGGUGGGUGGGAGCCGCUGGCGCCGCUCCCGCCCCGCUCCAAUCCCCGCUCCAAUCCCGCGCCGGUCCCGCAUUGUUCCCGGCUCGGCGGGAGGAGGAGGAGCAGGGCCGAGGGCCAGCGGGAAGGGAGGCGGGAAGGCGGGAGCCGGGAAGUGCUGGAGCCGCCUGUCAUGUUGGUGGAGCUGCUCUUCCAGGCUGCCUGUGUGUCCCUGCUCCUCUCCAGCGGCCAGGCCAGGGGGUAUCCCGGGAGGAAGAAGCCGGGAAGCUUUGCCGUGGAGAGGCGCCGCGGGGGGCCCCACGUUUGCUUCCCGGGCUCCGGCAGCGGAUGUUGUCCCGGCUGGAUGCUGUCCCCGGGCAGCGGGAAGUGCACCCUGCGGAAUCACCUGCCCAGAUCCGCCGGGAACGUGCGGGGAGUACGGCUGUGACCUGUCCUGUAACCACGGCGGGUGCCAGGAGGUCGCCCGCGUGUGUCCCAUCGGCUUCUCCAUGGCGGAGACUCCCAACGGCGUCCGCUGCACCGACAUCGACGAGUGCCAGAGCGGGGCCUGCGAGGGGCCGUGCGUGAACACGGAGGGCGGAUUCGUGUGCCAGUGCGGCUCCGGCCGGGAGCUCUCCACGGAUCGGCGCAGCUGCCGCGACAUGGACGAGUGCCAGGCCAUGCCGUGCCAGCACCGCUGCGAGAACAGCGUCGGGAGCUACCGCUGCUCCUGCCGGCCCGGAUACCAACUCCACGGGAACCGGCAUUCCUGCCUGGAUGUGGAUGAAUGCCGGCGGCCAGGAACGCGCCGCUCCUGCCAGCACAACUGCCACAACAUUCCCGGGAGCUUCCGCUGCUCCUGCCGCCCCGGGUACCGGCUCAGCACGGACAGGGUGUCCUGCGAAGGGUAUCCCAAAGCUAUCCUGGCCCCGUCACCCAUCCUGCAAUCCCUGCAGCACCCGCCCACCCUCGUCCUGCUCCCUCCCGGCUCCCACCUGCUCCCGAGGGGCUCCCCCUCUCCCCACAUCCCUGUGGCAGCUCCCGGGACACAAUUCCCACCCUCUUCUCCGUCCCUGUCUCCCGGUACCUCCAUCCCACCGUCCCCUCGCUGUCGGCACCGCGGGGUUUCCCGGGAGCCCGGCGCUCGCUGGACAGAGCCGGGAUGCCGGAGCUGCACCUGCCAGGAGGGACGAGUCCUGUGUGACGCCGUGAGCUGCUCCAUUCCCUGCUCCCACCCCCUUCCCGCUCCAGCCGGGGGGUGCUGCCCCACCUGCACAGGGUGCCUCCACGAGGGGGUGGCCAGAGCAGAGGGCGAUGUCUUCUCCCCAUCCGAUGGGAAUUGCUCCGUCUGCAUCUGCUUGGCCGGGAACGUCUCCUGCCUUUCCCCGGAAUGCCCCGCAGGCUCCUGCCCCAGCCCCUGCCAUCCAGCCCUCCUGACUCCGCCUGUCCCAGCCAAGUGCAGUUUCCGGGGCCGCACGUACGCGCACGGGGCCCGGUUCAGCCCGGACGGGGACGGAUGCACCACCUGCGUCUGCCAGGGCGGGGAGGUGGAAUGUUCCUUCGCUCCCUGUCCCAUCCUGGACUGCCCCCAGCACCAGCGGCUCCUGCGCCCCGGGCAGUGCUGCUCCUCCUGCCGGGACCCUCCGGCCCCCGCCGGUUGCUUCCUGGAGGACAACGGCGUGCAGUUUCCCGUGGGACAGCUCUGGUCUCCGGGCGAUCCCUGUGAGUUAUGCAUCUGCCAGGCAGACGGCUCCGUGAGCUGCCGGCGCACGGAAUGCCUGGAGACCUGUCCCUAUCCCAUCCGGAUCCCCGGGCAGUGCUGCCCCGACUGCUCCGCAGGCUGCACCUACAUGGGGCGGGUGUUCUCCAACAACGAGACCUUCCCGUCGGAGCUGGAUCCGUGUCUCAGCUGCAUCUGCCUGCUGGGAUCGGUGGCCUGCUCACCUCUGGAAUGUGCCAUCGUGUGCUCCUACCCCUUCCACCCCGAGGGCCGCUGCUGCCCCGUCUGUGACGACUGCAACUACCGCGGCAGGAAGGUGGAGAACGGGCAGAGCUUCACCCCCGAGGGGCAGCCCUGCACCCGCUGCGCCUGCCAGCUCGGGGAGGUGACCUGCGAGGAGCGGCCGUGCCCCCUCUCCUGCUCCGAGCCCCCCGCGAUUCCCGCUCCCUGCUGCCCACCCUGCCCAGCCACAGACGUCCGGCUCCCGCUGCAGGGCAGUGACCUGGCCCCAUCCCUGGCCCCGUCCUUAUCCCUGGCCCAGUCCUUGUCCCCAUUCUCCUCCCUGGCCCCAUCCUCGUCCUCAUCCCUAUUCCCGUCCUCAUCCCCAUCCCAAUCCCUGUCCCCAUCCUCAUCCCCCUCCUCCUCCCACUCCCCAUCCUCAUUCCCGUCCUCCCUGUCCCCAUUCUCCUCCCAUUCCCCAAUCCCUAAGGAUUCACCUCCUGGCACCUCCCACCCCAAUCCCCCCAAAUCCCGCCCCCGCCUGGCCCAGCUCCUGCUUCCCAACACAUCCGCCGCCCCCAGCCCCUUUCCCGGGAUUUGGGAUGGCGGGGAUCCCCCUCCCACCACCCCGAGCCCCUCUGGACACCCCUCGGUGCCCCCCGACCCCCCCUCCGAGGCCGCAGCCCCCCCAGAUCCCACGGGCUGCUCCGGCCCCGAGGCUCAGGGAUCCCUCGGGAAUGCGGAUCCCGCUGCGGUGCCGCCGGACAGCGGGAAAAGCCCCAGGUGCCGAGUGCCGGGAGGAGGAGGAGGAUGAGGAAGAGGAGGGGGGUCUGCAGGAUCAGGCCCCUGGGGAGGGGGGGCGACUGUCCCCCCCCCGCCAAUAAACUCAUCCUGGUAUUUAUUCCCUGUCCCCUCCUGCUUGGGAACACGCGGAGCCCGGGGCUUGUCCUCAGCGGGAAUUUUGGGAUGAGCGGCCUCUGCGGGAUGAGGAGGGAAGUGCUGGAGUUGGAGUUUGGGGACAGGGAGGUCGUGUCCUGCCGGGAUCCCCAGGGAUCAGGAUUCCCAAGGCUGGGAAGGCCCCGGGGAUGAGGGUGCUCAGGGAGAAGGAUCCCGAGGGCCGGGAGGUUCCCAGGGAUGAGGAUCCA